AAUGCAGGGUGGGUGUGUUUGGAAGGACAUAGUUUCCGUACUAGGGAAAACUAAUUAAUUAAAACAAGGAGCUCGAAAAGGAGUAUUUCUGGCUUCGGUAAGUUGUACAUUUUGCUGAACCUCGCAGAAGCUUGCUGUGUUUUCGCCUGGCGUGUUUUCUCCUGGCGUGUUUUCUCAACAGUCUUUCAGGAUGAUCGAAAAUAAAGGUCAAAGUGAAAGAAAAAAAAUGGAAGACAGAAACUUACUGCAGAAUAUCCCUAAACCACCCAAACCCAGCACACCUGUACUUAUAAUCUCCAAACUCUUUGUGGUUGUUUUGCCCAUUGCUCAGGUUUCAAUAGGUGGGAUUCAUCUCAACGACUGUCCGAAGCAGCCAUACAUCCCCAUUUAUCUGGUGGUGUCAGGUGUGUUUGCACUAGUCUUGGGUCUGUUGUCCUGCCUGCCAUGCACUCAGGAGCCAGAAGAUGGUACCCAAACUCCUCUAAGCGGCCUCUGCACUGCUUGGAAUUCACUGGUGUCGCUGUUUCUCUUCUGCUGGUUUAUCGCUGGUAAUGUAUGGAUCUACUCUAUUUACCAGCCUAGUUACACCCCUGACACAGACCAAUACUGCAACAAGACACUGUAUCUGUUUGCUUUUUGGACCACCACAUUGGUAUAUAUUUUCCUGGGCAUGGUCUUUGUAGGGGGUUGCUGUAUGUUGUUCUGCAUGUGUUUGUGUGGAAGAGGGAGUGGAAAUGCAGACAAUGAUGUAUAAUAAACAGUGCCAGACAUCUAAUGCUUAAGUACUUUGGUGCACCUUAGCUCCCUUUUUUGAUUUAUACUGUUUACUUGUUUGUGUGUGUGUAAAUGUUUAUUUGUACGAAGGGCAUCAUAGUCUUUCUUAAUAGAGAAAAAAAUAUUUCAUGGUUGUCUGAAAUGCUUCAUUUUGAUUGGUCAAUCACAGAAUCAGCAGUGUGUGACUGCUAAAAUGUAUUAAAAUUGACAUGCCAGGCAAACAAUAUCCUACAUAGCUAUGCGGGUUUCAUGUUUCCAGUCUCUAUAAUAAAUAAAAUAAUUGCAA